CGGCAUUAGUACGGUAUCUCUUCUUAGUCUGUGCUCGUGGAUUGUAUAAACAGAAAAUUUUACAAUACCUACCGUACCUACCUACAUACCGUAAAUUAUUUGUGCUAUCAAUGGUGGGGACGGAGUUUGUGAGAGUAAUUAUGAUUUACGAAGAUUUAGUUAUUCUUUUACGAAAACAGUAGAUUAUUGGUUUGAGGAAUAGGAUAGUUUAUUUUAUAUUUCACUUCAGUGCUUUUUCUUCACGGUGGAUUUUGUGUUUCUUCAACCGAUUUAUACCUACGUCUCGGGCCAGAGAGAUAGCUACAGGGGUCCAAGAUGAAUCGCGGGGGUCGGGUGGAGCCGACUCCGCCGGAGUGCGCGCUCGCGGCGGAGAUGUUCGACCACUUUUGCUCAGCCGGCACCAUGAAACAGAUCCUGGCGCUGCACAGGGAGAUCUGCAACACCCUCAACCUUAAACCCAACAGGCUACCGGACUUUUACCCCAAACUCAAGGCGAAGCUGGCUAGUUCGUGGAAGGCUCAAGCCCUAUUCAAGAAGUUCGACGCGCGCGCCAACCACAAGGUGUACGGCAAGGGUCGGCUGUGCACCCUGAACAAGGUGUUCAUAAUAGGUGCGGGACCCUGCGGCAUGCGGGCCGCCAUCGAAUGUCAACUGUUAGGUGCCAAAGUAGUUGUAGUAGAGAAGCGGGACCGUAUGUCGCGUAACAACGUGCUCCAUCUGUGGCCGUUUGUGAUCCACGACCUGCGAGCGCUCGGUGCUAAGAAGUUCUUCGGCAAAUUCUGCGCGGGAUCCAUAGAUCACAUCAGCAUUAGGCAGCUCCAGUGUAUACUUAUGAAGGUUGCGCUGUUAUUGGGCGUUGAAAUUCAUGAAAAUGUUAGUUUUGAAGAAUUAUUGGAGCCAACUGUCACAAAAAAUUCUGAAACAUUAGGUUGGCGCGCGCGGGUAAUUCCAACCGACCACCCCGUAUCACAAUACGAGUUUGAUGUGCUAAUUGGUGCUGACGGCAAGAGGAAUACCCUACAGGGCUUCAAACGAAAGGAGUUCCGAGGGAAACUGGCCAUGGCUAUUACCGCUAACUUCAUCAAUAGACAUAGUGAACAGGAAGCAUCGGUGCCGGAAAUCAGUGGUGUUGCUUUUAUUUUUAACCAAAAGUUCUUCAAAGAUCUCCACGAAAAAACUGGUAUUGAUCUAGAGAAUAUCGUUUAUUAUAAAGACGAUACACAUUACUUUGUGAUGACAGCUAAAAAACACAGUCUACUGGUGAAAGGAGUACUACUGAAUGAUUACAACGAGGUAUCGAAGCUACUUAGCGUGGAGAACGUAGACCGGGCAGCACUCAUGCGGUAUGCGCAAGAAGCAGCGAGAUUUUCCACCGACGGCCGUCUGCCGUUGAAGGACUUUGCGUUGAACCACUACGGAGAGCCUGAUGUAGCGUUGUUCGACUUCACCUCCAUGUAUGCUGCUGAGAACGCUAGCAUGGUAUACGAGCGUCACGGGCGGCGGGUGCUGUGUCAGCUAGUCGGUGACAGUUUGCUAGAGCCAUUCUGGCCCACCGGUUCCGGCUGUGCUCGCGGGUUCCUAUCCGCCCUGGACUCCGCUUGGGCGGUGCGCUCGUGGGGACAGAACCCGCCUACGCACCCGCUGGAGGUCAUCGCUGAGAGAGAAUCCAUAUACAGGCUGCUUGCACAAACAACCCCCGAAAAUCUUAACCGAGACUUCGGGUCGUACACACUGGAUCCUGGUACCCGGUACCCAAACCUCAACCGCGCGGCCGUCACCGCACAUCGUGUGACCGGCUUCUACGACUCCGACGACCCCCUGCCUCUUGAUGCGACGCUCAGCGCUAGGAAGCGACGCAGAGAGCCGGAGAUAUCAGAGGAGGCGCUAGUCGCGUGGGUGGGGUACACCGAGCCCGGUGUCCGCGCGGCGACCGGACAGGCCGCACUAUCGGAGUUGGUCAAGCGGUACCGCCCGGACCUCAUCUCCGUACCGGAUAGGUCCGUCUACGAUAUACUGCAGGAUGAGUUCGGUAUACAACCGUUUUCACCUACUGGUCCGACUCCUGAGAUCCCGGACGCGAAGCUGCGCUCAUACCUGCUGCGAGUUUACCACGCGUUCAAGGGGGAAGUACCGCACAUACAACACGAUACUGAUAUGUUUGAUCAGAUUAAACAGAGUCAGCAAUUGGAGAAAAAUGCUCGCAAGGUCUUUGAUCAUUCUUCUGCGGCUUAUUCAAAUGCCGUCGAUUCAGAAAAAUCGCACUCGAGCUACAGACGAAAGCGACGCUCCGUCCGAACACCACAAGUAAGUAGCGACUCCGCCGAGUAUAUAAGGAAUAAGAUUGGCAGACUUGAUCUUAACGAGAUCACACAAAUCGCUCGCCUCAUUGAGGGCCACGACGCUAUAGUAGAUGACGAUCAGCGCUCCAACAAACAAAAAGAAUUGCAGGACCAAAUUAUUGCCUUGUUGGACCCCGACGACUCCCCCGACCCGCAACUCAUCAGAGACUCCCUAGCCCAACUGCUGCAAGGGACCACCAAGUCCAAGCCAAAAGUACGCAACAAAGAUCAUGCGAAAGUGGCGCAGUUCUUCACAGAGUCCCUCGAAAAGAAGCCCGUGCGACCACCUCGUAAGCUGAAAGGUUUAGAUCCUUCCACCAUCAAAUCGAUAGAUUUCUCGGACAUAUUCGCUGAUGAAUCGCCCGACACGGACGUAACUUUGACUUCGUCCGUCCCCAAGAAAAAGGACUAUUUAAAGUCGGGUAGCCCAAAGAAAAAGGAGUUCGUCCGCGCCUCUUCGACCGAGUCGGCAGUACCGCAGGCACGAAGACUGUCGGACGUAGUCGAUAGGAGCAAGAAAAGAUUUUCAGAGAGCCCGGAGGUCAAUUCAUACGGGAGAUCGAAUUCGAUCGGUUCCUCGGAAGUGGCGAACACCAGACGCAUAGCACAACUGUUCGAAGAGAAAAAGCAAAGGCACACUCCUAGUCCAGAAACAAAUCGGUACGGACCUACCAGUACCCCCGAAAUGAUGCUACGCAGACAGAGGAUGACCGAAAUUAUCGAAGGCAAACGUCGAGACACGCCGAGCCCCGAUCGCUUUAAACGACCCGAUACGAUCGGAACCCCCGAGAUGGCAAUGCGGCGCAAACGCGUCUCGGACCUCAUACACGGCGUCAAUAAAUCCCGCCUCAGUCCGGAGCCAUCGAUGCAGAGGCGGGGCUCGGGGGAAGUGGGCUUGCGAGUCCAGAAGGUUUCUGACAUGAUGGAGAAGAAGAGGGUCGAGGCCCGGCGGCCUAAGAGUACGGGGAAGAGGAAAGCUGCGAGAGAAAUUAUGAAGCAGCGGUUCGAGAAGAGUUUGCAGAUGUUGGCAUCGGAGCCGAGGCUAGACUUCGCUCCGUCGGCAGAUCUGGAGAACGAUUACGGGCUGCAGCAGUAUCGGGCUAGUGCGCCGCAGUUUGACGAGCGCGUUAAGAAACUUGAGAAGAAAUUGCAACACUAUGAGGAAGGGCGUAUUGUGGGCGGCGGCAGCAGAGCAAUAGGGGGCGGGGCUCGCGUCGCCAAAUUAGCUGCCGAGCUCUCCACCCCAUCUACAUCAGCGGUCCCCAAAGCCUCCAAACCGAAAGACCUCAUGAGAUCCGUCGGCAAAAUAGAGCGAGACGACUGGAAUGUGAAGGAGAUAGAACGAAAGAUAAUGGAGAAUAGGCUAGGUAGACCGGAACCAAAAACCGCCGAAAAAGUGCCAAAAUGGGACAGGGAACAAUUUUUAGGUCGACAAAGAAGACUGAAAGAGGGCGAUACGAACGAAGAGAAGUGGGGCGAAAUUGAUGAGACUCUUCAUAAACUGGAUCAGAAACUUAAAGAUUCUGGACGUCCGGUCCAUGGCACUAAAAAGGUGGCGGAUUUGGCAACUAAGUUUGUGAAGAAAGAAGAGACUGAUUCGACUAAAGCUCAGCAGAAAGAUCAACCGAAGGAAGAGUACAAGAAACAAUGGCGCGGGCCGGCGUCGACGGGCAUGCAGUGCGCUGCGUGCGGCACGCGCGUGUUCGCCGCGGAGGGCGUCAUCGCCGACGGGCUGCACCUCCACCGCGCGUGUUUCCGCUGCGCCGUGUGCAAGACCGUGCUCAGGCCGGGAAAUUACACUAUGGAGCGCUACGGCAGUCGAUUGGUCUGCCUACGUCACUCUGGCACGGACGCCAGUGACGUCAUACUUGCUAACGCUCUUCUGGCACCCGCGGCGAACAGAAACGACAUACUGACGUCUACGCCCGAGAGAAUCAGCAUUGAGUUGUCGGACGGCGCCAGAGAGAUCGACGAAGACGAAUGGACUGAUAGGAACUUCCUCGCCUCGGAGACGUCUGGCGCCGGUGGGCUAAGCGACGAGGAUGUAUCCAGUUCGGACGAGUACACGGACGCGCCGGACAGCGACCACGACGCGCGACAGUCGCCCGAGCCCGCCAUGCCGCCCAUCCGACCGCACUCGCUAUACUUCUCCGACGACUCGUUCGGAUAUGACGACUAUUCUGAUGACGGUGCCGAGUCGUCGGGCAAUGAGUCUUGCUCGCGGAUGCGCGCGGCUCGUGAGGCGCGGCGGCGCGAGGUGCCCGCAGACGCGCGACCACCGAGCGACAGCAGCGAGGUGGAAUCCGAGGAGGAGAGUGAAUCAAGCGACGAGGAGAUAUCUUCCGCGACUGAAGUUUCCACCGAUAGCGAAUUCGCCCGCGAGGAGUGUGUCCCAGCUCCGUCUCCCCCCGCGAUACUAGUGACCGAAGCCCCCCCACCCGCGCCACCGCCCCCGCCCCACGACUACCCGCUCAGCAGAACCAGGUCCGCCGGCGGGCUAGCCACAAAACGAGCCCUCGAACUCAAGAGGAAAUACCUCCUCGGCGAACCCUCGCCCCCCGCCGUCAGGAAAUCCGACUCCACCUCCCGACUCGACACCAAGCUGGAGGCGUUCCGCUCCAACAUCACGGAGUUCCAGAAGCUGCUCCACCCCGCCCCCUCCCCCCCUCGAAACCCCGUAGCGGCCUUCCGAGCGGCCGCCGACGACAAAAACGUCCAGCCGAUGCCGGACAUCAUCAAAAACCUGUGCACCGAUGCGCCCGUAGAUCUGCUGACCAAGGGCGACUCGCCGCUGGACAAGAAAGACUGGCGAGAAACUAUACAGGAGGAGACCUCGAUCAAGGAGCCCGAUUUGGACUCCGAUUCGCUCUCCGAGAGCAGCUCCCGCACCGAGACCGCGCCGAAUCAGUCCGUACCCAGAGUCGAGGUCCACGACGAGGGCGGGGAACUGAUACAGCUGGACAGUCUUACUAUCGUCAACAACGAGACGGAGGACGUCGAUGAUAAAACUCCGGUGGCGCUCGACGCACCGCAGACAUCCAACGCCGCUGCGGAGUCGGAGUCCUCCGAGUCGGGCCGGGACGCCACGACGAUGGCGCUCACCGAGACCGAGCUGUCCGAUUGGGCGGCUGAGAAUGCGGUCCUAGAGGACUGCGGCCUCGAGGACAAGGAGGAGAACAAGAGAAACAAGAAUCCCCGACGACUGAGCGGACCCAAACUAGUGCACGACGCUAAGAACUUAUCCACCAUAGCGUCUCACGUGUGCGGCCGAACCAGCCCGACGCAGGCGAUCGUAUUUUCGAACGCCUUGGAUCAUUUCGAGUUUGUGGACGAGGGCGAGCAGGACAUAUCGAUCAAGACCCCAGUGACGCCGCGAAACGAGGGCUACAUGGAGUUCGUCGACGACGACUACGGCCGGUACUCUCCAACUAACGAUCGCUCCAUGAACUUCAUCGAGCGUAGUUUCUCAGAAACGACCAUCAAGCCCUCGUUCUUAAAUUUGUGCGAAAAUAAUAAAGUCAAGGCGUUCGACGACAACAUUGAUUUCAUCGACGACCAAGAUUCCACAACCGAGAGCUUAUCGAAAGUAGAAAACAACAAUUUUUCCAUGACGACACGUGAAGCAGAGCUCACCGAACUACCCGUCAACGACAACACGAGGCGCGAAAGUGAGCAGCAAGACAACAUGCUAAACAGAAAUGAAGAAAUUAUUGACGUCAAACCCGAAGUAAUUAGCAUGUCAGAAAUCUCGCCUCCCCUCGAAAAAGACAGUAGCGAAAAAGAUAGCAGCCAUGAGAAGCAGGAGUCGAGCGUCUCGCGGAGCGAAGUUUCAAUAGAAGACAUAUCACCGCCGCUCGCGUCGGAGAAAUCUAAGUCACACAGCAGUAUUACACACAAUAACAAUCUAGUUAACCCGGUGCUGAUCGGGGGAACGUGCAACAUGCGAUUAUACUCGCCCGCCAUCUGCCGGUCCGCCAGUGAAACGUUCAACAGCUCGAGGAAGCUUCACACCCCCGAGUGGAUAUCGCUGGGCUCGGGCCCUUUAUCGCCGGUCGGUCCGAUCAGAGACACGACCGAUAAAGUGCAGGAGAUAAAGAGAGAGAGGGAGGAGCAGACGGAGGUGGUGCGGAGACUAGUGCUGGAGAGGUUGGGAAGCAGCCAGGGGAAUAGGAAGUCGGCGCGCCGCAGCCGCGUGUCGCCGUCGUGCGUUGUCCCACCGCCGGUUCCGCCUCCCCCCGCGCUGCCCUCGCCGCCGCCCCCGCCGCCUCCACCCCUCGCCUACGCCCCGCCCCCGCCCCGCCCCGCACCCCCGCUCAUGCCCCUCCCGGUUACACCAUCCUUCUCCGACCCCGAGCUCGCCAGAGAGAGAAGGCCCAAAGGUAUAAUGAAGAGUAUAUCGAAUUACUUUAACCGACGCCUCGGACCCCGGCAAAAGUGUGUAUCGGAGCCGGACCUGACGACGCACGAACGUCAGCGCGAGGCUCACAAGUCGACGGGGGCGUUGCAAGAGGCGCCGCCGGUCCCGCCCCCGCCCACCGACUAUGUACCGCCCAUACCACCGCCGACUAGAGUGCCAACAGUAGAGAGAGAGGGCGACGCGGACGAGCGAGACGCGAUGCAGCUCUGGUUCGAGGCGCGGUGGGCGCGUCUCGUAGCGCAGCGGCGGGCGCGCGAGGAGACAGAGCCCGCGGCGCGACGCCUCGCCCGACUCGAGAGGCGACUCACGCGCCCCCUCUCCGCGGAGCAGCAGGCAGCAACAGUGGCCGAACUAGUUCAAGUGUCAGCACAACGCGAGGCGCACCAAGCUUUGAUGGCAGCUACUAGGAGGCGAAGCGCAGCUGGUAGCAGUGUAGGGGACUAAGGAAUUCCACCAUGGUGUUAGCGCUUGUAAAUGUAUGACUGGCUUAUAAGUUAAUCGUUGUAUUAGACGUGUAUUUAAUGUAGUAUUCUGUAACGUAUGAAAUAUAAAUGCAAAAUGGACAUUUGCCGCUUUAAAGUGUAUGAUCGUUGAUAUGUGCUGGAUUAUUUCCAAAAAGAGCUUAGACUUUAGACUGUUUUGUUUCGGCGUCUACACGUUGUCUUAAAAUGUUUUUUACUUUACUGACUGCUUUUAUUUAUUGAUAAAAUUAAUGUUAAAAAUGAUGUAGUGUUAUUUGUGCUUAGGGGCGAUCAUAGUAAUUUCUUUCUACUCGUGAUCUAAAGGUGAAACACGGCAUAGUUGAUUAACACCUCCAUCGUGGGUAUCGCAGACACAAUAGAUUUUCAAUUGCUAUGCGGCAGCCUGCUGCCGCUCGGGGAUUGAUGGGUAA